AGAUGUUGUGUGUACAGAAUAGACCAACAUAAUGAAAUUACAGUAUGGACAAUCAUGAUGACAAAAUUAGAAAUAGAUUGUAACAUAUGUGAAGAAUAACUAUUAACUAUUUUGUCUACCUGUGACAAAACGUACAUGCGGCAUAUCGUUAAAUAAUUUUUGGGUGUCACUAAAGUACAGGUUGGGGCCCUUAGCUUAUUGUUUUCGCUGGGUCCCUCUAGAAGGUUAAUCCAGUCAUGGGAGAGAAAAUCAGUACAGCUCAAAGCAGCACAAACAAACUGGAUGCUGUCCUCAUAAAGAACAUAAAAUUAGUCAAAAAUGUUGAAAGUACUCAUUUGAUGCUGUUCAUAUAUUUUGUACUUCUUACUCCACCACAUUUAUUUGACAGCUGUGCAGUUAACAUUUACAUUGCAGAUAAAGAUUUUUUUAAAAACCUAUAUGACGUAUAAAAUGAAAAGCAUUGUUUUACAGUAAAUGAUACUACAAAACUGUAUAAAGUAGUUAAAAUCUGCUCAACUACAAAGUGGAAUGCUGCUUAACCUUAAUGCAUCAGUAAUAAGUAUUUUUGCGUUUGAUUCUAUAAUUAUAUUUUCUUGAUACUUUUACUUCUGUAGCAUUUUCAGUGUAGCAGUUAUACUUGUAAUGGAGUAGCCUAUUAUUACAUUGUGGUAUUACAACUUUACUUAAGUAAAGAAUGUGAAUACUUCUUCCACCAUUGGGAAACACUUGCGCUGCUCCGGGCAUAACAGCUGGAGAGGAACCGAGGAGUGAAGAGUUUUUGUGAGGAAAGUGUCUGAUCCGAGUCAAUUAUGAUCGGAGGGAGGCAUGGGCUCUCUCGGUCUGCUCAUGGUGGGAUUUGUUGGGUCUCUGUAAUUAAUAUUAUAAAGAGUACGGUCUAGACCUGCUCUGUAGGAAAAGUGCAAUGAGACAACUUCUGUUAUGAAUUGGCGCUGUAUGAAUAAACUGAAAUUGAAAUCAUGUUCUGACAGACAAAAUUCUUCUUUCUGACAGAGACAGAAAGAAGAUUCACAUUUAAGGAUCAGCAUUUUUAUUUACCAACAAGAAUUGUACAUGUUGUCAUAUGCCCAUCUAAAUAGUAAACAAAUAAACAGAUGAAGCAAACCGUUUUAGAACACGAUAAUUAUCUUAAGAAUGCCGUAUUAUUUGUGUGCGUAAAAGCGCACCGUACCCAAAUGCGUAAUACCACCUGCAGCAUCUCUCUUCCUCUUUGUGUAAAGCCUGUGUGCCCUUUUGGUAUCGGUUUCGUUGCUCUUUUUUCAACAACGUGUUAAUUGCUUACUAUGUCUUUUAGUGGUGCUGGUAUAGAGGCGGUCCCUCUCUCUGCCCUGCCAGUUGUUGGCCAGGUUUGACGAAUGGGCGGGUUCUCCUCUUCAUGAGAAGGUUAAGUAGCUGCCCGCAGUGGAGCAGAUAGAGCAUUCCGCACCAGUCCUACUCUGACUCUCUCACCACCUCUCUGUCUCUGACUCGCAGGAAAACUCGGGACUUUUAUACCGAGGCUAAAUUUAGGGGCUGGCCGGUGCGCAGCGUUCCCAUCCUGGACGCGCUUCCUUCCCCCAGCCUCGCAUUGGUCUGAUUUAUGCUGCGAACAAUAUUUAUAAGAAAGUCAGCUCCUUUCAGACACACAGCUGCACAUGAGUGAGGAGCAGCAGCUCAUCGGACGACAGAAGAAGCGACGCGCUCCGUAACUUUUUCUGGAGACUCAGCGCACUCUGGUGAUUUGCUUUAAAUCAGAGAAAGUGUCUUUUCUCAAUAUUUAAGGAAGAUUGUUCUACUUUUUUUACUAACGCAUGGAAAUGGCCUUGAGUGGGACCAUUUUACCAUCAAUCUCUACAUUUGCCAACCAAAAGCAGAAAUGUUGGGAAGAUAGGUGGAAGGGCGACAUGAACAGCAACAUGGACAGCAGCUGCCUCGGCAGAAAAGACGAAGAGGACCUGGAUAAAUUCUUGGAUCUCGAGUUUAUUCUCGCCAACACCGCCGGUUCCGACAGUGCGCCAGCCGCCGGGACUGAGGCAGAGUCCUUUCGGCUCCAGGAGUCCGAGGUGUCCGUGUAUCACCAGCAGCAGCAACACACCGGGAUGCCCCAGCAGCCGGCCAAUUACACCUCUGUCCCAGACAUGAGCCCUCCGCCGCCCUUCAACAGCCUAAUGGCGGAGCUCCUUCGCUCCGACGUAGAUACCAGCUUCCUCCCCGGGAACAGUCCCAGCAUCCAGGGCAGAUUCCUAAUCAGCUCCGCGCCUUUCCACACCACUCAGGAUUUAUUCCCAGAGCAUCCGAGCAUUAAAGUGGAGCCCGCCUCCAUGGACACGUACGGACCUGUUAUGGGUCUGGCGCCUCAGAGCUGCACCAAAAUCAAGCACGAGGGGAACGUCUCCUGUAUGAUGUCAUACGAGCCGCAGCCGCGGCUGGCCAACUCCCCGCAGGCCGCGGUGGGCAGCUUGACGCCGCCGCUCAGCCCGGACGACCUGAUGAGCUCCGAGUGCCACCAGCCCCACAUGUGCAACUCCACCUCGCUGACGCUACCACAGAGCUUCCACACCCACCACCGCAGCGCGCCCGGGGGAUUCCCUCACCCGCACACCCGGAUGCAGCUCCCUUUCCCCGGGGCGCACCACCAUCACCAGUUCCCCGGCAUGUUCGGGGAGGACGCGGCCAUGGGCAUGCAGCAGCAGCCGGUCGCCGGCCAGCGGGUUCUGCUCACCCCGCCGUCCUCCCCGCUGGAAAUGAUGGACACCAAACCAAAGAGGGGUCGCCGUUCCUGGCCGAGGAAACGGACUGCGACACACACGUGCACUUUCACCGGUUGUGGGAAGACCUACACCAAGAGCUCCCACCUAAAGGCGCAUCACAGGACGCACACAGGAGAGAAACCAUACCACUGCAACUGGGAGGGUUGCGGCUGGAAGUUCGCUCGUUCCGAUGAGCUCACACGUCACUUCCGGAAGCACACCGGACACCGGCCAUUUCAGUGUCACCUGUGCGAACGGGCCUUCUCCCGGUCCGACCACCUCGCCCUGCACAUGAAGAGGCACAUGUGAGGAAAGUCCUGAAGGACAAAAACGGAGCAGACAAGGACUUCUAUGCACCGCAUCAACCGGAUCAAAAGAACUAGAAUAAUCCUAUGAUCAGCCGCAGAAGGAUGCUAUGCAAAUAUAUAGACGCAAGUUCCUAUUAACUAUAGUGGUACCAUAUAGUCCACUAGAGUGGACAGCAUAAACUGCCAUACCAUAUGUUGAGGCCACUAUUGACUACACUGUAAUACCUAUAGGAAUUGUAUUAUAGGAAUUUUAUAGUGAUUUUCCAUUGGGGCAAAAGGAGCAUCAAGAUGAGAUGCCCUCAAAUUAUAUUUUGUAAAGAAAAUAUCUAUUUAAAUGUUAUUUUUGAGACAAACAAACCACAAAACAAUGAGGAAAUACAACCAGAUAUGACAGAAACAGAUUCAUUCUGUUUGGACAAAAGUUUUGUUGUAUAAACGAUGUAGCUGGUACUACUUUUUUGUAUGGAAUGCUGUUUAUAUAGACAACAAAUUAAAGGAACAUUCCACUCAACAUGUCAGGCACAUGCCAUUGAAGCAACUGGAAGCAGACAAUCCUUUGAAGAGCAAUGAUAUUUUUGUGUUUUCGCCAUUAGUGCCUUCUAUAACACAUUAUUACACAUCUUACGAGUGCCAUAUUCUCCACUGGCUAAAAGACAAUCAAAGUUUUAUUCUGUGUGUUAUAUUGUAAGUGUAAACAGCACGUGAAAUAAGCUUUGAGACAAUGUUUUGUUCUAAAACUACCUUUCAUUCUGUCCUCCUUGAAGGCUUGAAUAGAAUGUUGUGUCUGUGAGUCUGCUAGCAUUUAAAGUGAGGGUCUCACAGAAGUGUUUGCCAUCUCAGUGCCACCUGAUUGACAAAGGGCUAGACAGUCUUUGGCAGAAAAGACUUGUUUGUUUGUGUCUUGAAUAAAUGUACUGCCUUGUAAAUAGAAUCUUUUUAUAUAAUGUAAAUAGUUUAUUUUAAUGUACAUAUUAAACUUAGUGAACAACAUGA